AUGGCUGGGCCCACCACCCACGUUGCCCCCAUGCUGUUCCUUGCCCUCCUCCUGCUCCUGGAGCUGAGCCUGGCAGUCUCCUUGGGACCCGGAAGCUCUGCUCGGAACCUCCCGGAGAAUCACAUCGACCUCCCGGGCCCAGCACUGUGGACGCCCCAGACCAGCCACCACCGCCGGCAGGGCCUGGGCAAGAAGGAGCGUGGCCCAGGCACACCUGGCCGGGCCCAGGAUGGGGCUGUGGUUGCCACCACCAGGCAGGCCUCCAGGCUGCCAGGGGCAGAGGAGCUGCUGCCUGGGCAGAGUCCUGCAGGCCUGCUGCAGGACAAGGAUCUGCUCCUGGGGCUGACACUGCCCUACCCCGAGAAGCAGAGCCGGUCUCCAGGGUCAGAGAGGGUGAAGAAACGAGGCAGGGAGCACAAGAGACGUAAGGAGAGGUUGAAGCUGCACAGAGGCCGAGCCUUGGUCAGAGGUCCCAGCUCCCUGAUGAAGAAGGUGGAGCUCUCAGAAGACCAGGCCCCAGAUGCCGCGAUGGAGGAAUCCUCCACCAGCCUGGCCCCCACCAUACUCUACCUCACCACCUUUAAGGCAGCACCUGCCACAGAAGAGUCCCUGAUCCUGCCCGUCACAUCCCUGUGGCCCCAGCAAGCUCAUCCCAGGCCUGACGGGGAGGUGAUGCCCACACUGGACAUGGCCUUGUUUGACUGGACCGAUUAUGAAGACUUAAAGCCUGAGGUCUGGCCGUCUACGAAGAAGAAAGAGAAACACCGGGGCAAACUCUCCAGUGAUGGGAAUGAAACAUCACCGGCUGAAGGGGAGCCCUGCGACCAUCACCAGGACUGCCUGCCAGGGACCUGCUGCGACCUCCGGGAGCAUCUCUGCACGCCCCACAACCGAGGCCUGAACAACAAAUGCUUUGACGACUGCAUGUGUGUGGAAGGACUGCGCUGCUACGUCAAAUUCCACCGGAACCGCAGGGUCACCCGGAGAAAGGGGCGCUGCGUGGAGCCCGAAACGGCCAACGGAGACCAGGGAUCUUUCAUCAACGUCUAG